AUGGAUAACCACGAGUUGAUUGCUGUUUUUCUGGAGGCUCAAGAGCCUGAUUACUUUCAGAACAUGAUGUCCGCGAUGGGUAGACCUUUUGCAGAAGCAAUCAAAAUAGGGGAGAUGGUCGAAAAUGGCCUCAAGACUGGCAGAAUUGUAAGUCAAGCUGCUCUCAAAGCCACCACCCAAGCUAUCCAAAAUGGGUCGGGAGGUUUGGCAAACAGAAAGAAGAGAGAUGAAGGGUCCAUGAUGGCUUCGGGAUCUAGGGAGUUUCAAAGAGGGGCAUCGCACCCUUAUGUGCAAUUUCAGCAGGGGCAAUCCAGCUACCCUCAACAUUAUUAUCCCCCGCCGAUUCCUCAAUACUCUGUGGGCCCACCACAAUAUACAGUGUUCAAUGCUCAAUCAUAUGCUCGGCCUCCCAAUCAGCAGGUACGGGCACUAGCUCCGAGGGCCCCCCGACCUCAGCAGCAAAAUUUUCGGGCACCUUACAAUGCUCGUCCCAGGCAGGAUUAUGGUCGAGAGCAGAGGCCGGUAGAAAAAUUCACUCCAUUGGCUGAAUCAUAUUCUAGUCUAUUCCAGAAGCUGAAGCAAAUGGGCGUAAUUGGACCCAUCGCCCCCUACCAUAUGCAUCCCGAUUUGCAUGGAUUUCAAGCAAACGCUAGAUUGACGAAUGGCGAGGACCCUCCUAACGUGACAAAUAAUACGUUGCCAGCACACAAUGAUGUUCAUUUUGUUGGAAUUAUUGGCCGAGACCAAGAAUACAAGCCGGCCGGUCGAGCAGAAAUGACAGUGGGUGCAAUUCAAGAAGGAGCAGGUCUGGAAGUAAGUCCCAGCCGAGAUGUGCCAUUGAUUGUGAAAGGCACCCAGAACUCGAAUAAGGCAACUUUAUUUGUUCCAAAGAUCUCGAGGUUGGAAGUUCACUCUAGUGUUCCAAGCCCAAGGUUAUAUGUACUUGGAGGCCAUCCCGUCAAAAGGGAGAAGCAGGGAGGUAUGAAAGGUAUAACAGAGCCUAUCGUAAUCAAACCUGCCAUGCAACUCCCUGUAACCAACACAAAAACCACUCCUUGGAACUACAACAAAAUGGCGAUGACCUACAAAGGCAAGGAAAUCAUAGAGGAAGCGGGGGAAACUGGAGGUUUUACUCGAGCAGGGAGAUGUUACUCUCUAGAAGAGUUGAGGAAGGCCAAGCAAAUUAGAGAAGGCCAUUUGCCAGUAAAGAAGCCAGUCACUGAAGCAGAUACGGAAGAGUUUUUGAAAAAGAUGAAAGUUCAGGAUUACUCAAUCAUUGAUCAACUAAGAAAGACUCCCGCUCAAAUCUCUCUACUAUCUCUUCUCUUACAUUCCAAAGAGCAUGCCCGUGUACUAAUCAAGGUCCUGAACGAGGCACAUAUCUCAGAGGAGACCACAGUGAAUCAGUUAGAGAAGAUGGCCAACAGAUUUUUUGAGGUGAACAGAAUCUCCUUUACUGAUGAUGAACUUCCCAAGGAGGGAGCCGGGCACAAUAGGGCUUUGAACUUGAUGGUCAAAUGUGAGGGUCAUUAUGUAAAGCUAGUCAUGGUCGAUGGAGGCUCAAGUGUAGAUGUAUGCCCUCUCUCUACCUUGCAAAGCAUGAAGAUCGAUACAGACAGAAUCCGACCCAGCAAUGUUCGCAUCUGGGCUUUUGAUGGCUCAGCAAGAGAUACCAUUGGGGAGAUCAACCUCACCAUGACGAUUGGGCCAAUUGACUUUGAGAUUGUCUUCCAGGUAGUGGACAUGGCCACUUCUUAUAACUUUCUUCUUGGAAGGCCAUGGAUCCAUACGGCCCGAGCUGUGCCAUCCACCUUGCAUCAGAUGCUCAAAUUUGAACAUGACAGGCAAGAAAUUAUUGCCAAGGAAGGGUCUGAGUCCAUUGUCUAUCAGGCUUUUGAAGUGGUUGUUGUGGACCAUGUCGAGGAAGGAAAGCCUAUUCUGCAUCCUCGUCUUUCCGCCAUAUCUGUAAUGGUGGCUGCAGUUAUGAUGAGACAAGGUUAUAAGCCAGGAAAAGGCUUGGGGGCAUCAUUACAAGGAAUUUUGGAGCCUAUUUCUCCGUUCGGAUACCGCACGACUGUUCGCACAUCUGUUGGUGCAACUCCGUAUCUGCUUGUAUAUGGAACUGAAGCUGUAAUACUCGCUGAAGUCGAAAUUCCCUCUCUCCGAAUUAUUGUGGAAUCAGAGAUUGAAGACACUGAGCUCUGCCGCACAACCCAAGUGACGAUUAAAGCUUGCAGUUUCAGUUUCUCAUCAGAAGAAAGAAGUCCUUCGAUCACACGAUAG